AUGUCUGGUGCCGCCGAGCGAGAAUCCGUCUUCCCGACCCGGCAGUCGCUGGGCAUAAUGAAAGCAAAGCUUAAAGGUGCAGAAACAGGCCAUAGCUUGCUGAAAAGGAAGAGUGAGGCUCUUACAAAACGAUUCCGAGAAAUUACCAAACGAAUAGAUGAGGCAAAGCGGAAAAUGGGACGUGUGAUGCAGAUUGCGGCUUUCUCGCUCGCCGAAGUCACCUAUGCCGUUGGAACAGACAUCGGCUAUCAGGUCCAAGAAUCGGCAAAGUCGGCACGAUUUCGGAUCCGUACAAGACAGGAAAAUGUAUCUGGAGUGCUUUUGCCCGCUUUCGAGAGUCAUCUUGCCGAAGGCAGCAACGAUUUUGGUUUGACAGGACUGGGCAAAGGAGGGCAGCAAGUCCAACGUUGCAGAGAGACGUACGCAAGAGCUGUCGAGGCACUCGUAGAGCUCGCUAGCCUUCAAACUGCUUUUGUGAUACUUGAUGAGGUCAUUAAGGUGGCGAACAAGAAGCACCGCGAUACGGCUGCUGCAGACGCUGAGAUGAAAGCAAAGCGUAAGGUAUCAUCACUAGAACAGCGGAAUGAGGCGCAUGAGGGUCAUGUGGAAAAUUCAAGGGAUAUUCUGGCUGCGGACGAGGAUGAGGACAUCAUUUUUUAA